AUGAGCCCGUUGAAUAGCUCCAGACCAUCUCGCAUCACAAUUGCUUGCAACCCCUGCCGCACGCGGAAGCAAAAGUGGAAAAAGUGCGAUUGGCCUGAGCAGCUCAAACGGGGACCUGCAAAGGGAUACAUCGAGGCCCUGGAACAUCGUCUUCAUGAGACUGAGACAGUGCUGUUGAAAGUCCUCUCUGAUAUCUCGGAUGAGAAACUAUCCAAGAUCAUUGUUCAAGACAAGUCCUCGAGGACCAGUGGCGAUAGAAAUCAUCCGCGAUAUCCACCCUUUCCUCGACAGGACAAGAGGGGAGCAGAGUACUGGAAGCGGUUUCCUUUAGAUACGGCCCAGGGUAUCCGGCGAUGGCAGCACGAUCACCUCAAUGAUGAAACAUCCGAUUCAACUAUUGAGCGACAGAAACAGAGAUCGAACACUGCCGAUGUACAGACACCAUCGGAGCACAUCUACGAAGGAAUAGAUCGACUGGGAGUGUCUUCUGAGCCUCAGUCUGAUUCAUCAAUGGGAGUCUCCUGUAUAGAUGCUCGGAGUCAUACGGAAGAACGCAGGAUAUUGUCUCCCGGUUUAGCUCGACAAUUAUAUGAAACGUUUCCGAUGGAGCGAGAUGCCAUCCGAACUGGACCGGCUAAUCCUGUGAUAUCGUUCCAGUCUAUGAAUGAGCUUCGAUCGGAAGAUUCUACGCUGUCCCCUUCUAACACACCGCUGGAACUGAACCAUUGGAGUGGAGCGCCGUCUGUGAAAUUCCAGGAACAGUUCCUCUGGUAG